AUCACCGCCGUCCAUGCCGCCUCCUCGGCAGACGUCGACAUGGCUGUCAAGGCCGCGCGCGCAGCCUUCAACAACCCGGCGUGGCGAGACUUGAGCUCGACAGCCCGCGGGGAUCUCAUGUUCAAGCUGUCGGCGCUGGCAGAGCAGCACAGCCACCUGUUGGCCACCGUCGAGACAUGGGACAACGGGAAAGCCUUCUCCAGCGCCCAGGGAGACGUCGACGAGGUCGUUGGCACGCUCAAGUACUACGCCGGCUUUGCAGACAAGAUCCAUGGCCAGACAAUUGAGACCAGUCCGGCCAAGUUUGCCUAUACCUUGAGGGAGCCGGUGGGAGUCUGUGGGCAGAUCAUUCCAUGGAAUUACCCCCUGGCGAUGGCUGCGUGGAAAUUGGGCCCUGCGCUGGCGUGUGGAAACACCGUCGUGCUCAAGGCCGCGGAAUCGACCCCCCUGUCGAUCCUGGUCUUCGCCAACCUCAUCAAAGAGGCUGGAUUCCCUCCAGGCGUAAUCAACAUUAUCAACGGGCACGGGAGGGAGGCUGGCGCCGCGCUCAUCCAGCACCCAGAUGUCGAUAAGGUGGCCUUUACAGGGAGCACAGCAACCGGCCGCGAGAUCAUGAAGAUGGCCAGCCAGACGCUCAAGACAAUCACCCUCGAGACAGGCGGCAAGAGCCCGCUGCUGGUCUUUGCCGACGCAGACCUCGACAACGCCGUCUACUGGGCGCACAAGGGGAUCAUGGCCAACCAGGGCCAGAUCUGCACGGCGACCUCGCGCAUCCUGGUGCACGACAGCCUCUUCGACGCCUUUCUCGACCGGUUUGUCGCCUACAUCCCUACCGUCUCGCGGCUGGGCGAUCCCUUUGUUCCGGGAACCACGCAGGGUCCUCAAGUCUCGCAGGCCCAGUACGACCGGGUGCUCGCGUACGUCCAGAUCGGCAAGCAAGAGGGCGCCCGGCUGGUGUGUGGCGGGGAGCCCUUCAUGAGCAGCGGCUACUUCAUCCAACCGACCGUCUUCACCGAGGUGACGGAGGAGAUGCGCAUCUACCGCGAGGAGGUCUUUGGCCCGUUUGUCGUCCUCGUCCGCUUCACGUCGGACGAAGAGGCCCUCCGCCUCGCCAACGGAACCGAGUACGGGCUCGGCGCUGCCCUGUUCACCAGCCACCUCUCCAAGGCCCAUCGCAUGGCGCGUGCCAUCCAGUCCGGCAUGGUCUGGAUCAACUCCAGCAAUGACUCCGACUACCGCGUGCCCUUUGGGGGGGUCAAGCAGUCGGGGAUUGGGCGCGAGCUGGGCGAGGCGGGACUGGCGGCGUACAGCAACAUCAAGGCCGUUCAUGUCAAUCUGCGAGUUUAAUCAAAUUCACUAUCUUGUAGCUAUAGUUGUAUGUAGCUAUAGUCUGCUAUAAACGCCGAGUUG